AUGGAUCACCAAUUUAAUUUAUAUAGUGUCGAGGAAGAAGGGGAUGAACACCAAGAUCCAACUUAUAUUGAGACAGAUUCUGACGAGGAGAUGCAAUCAAUGGAAGAGAAUGAGCAAGAUAAUAGUCAAGAAAUUGAAGAUUUUGAUGAUAAGUAUCAAGCUUUAGAUGAUAACAAGCCAUAUAGUGAAAGAUUUUUAAUUCCUUCUGAUGAGCAAUUGGAGGAAGUUCUAGCUUAUUCUAAAGUAAUUGCUACAGUAGUUACCCGAAAAUCUGAAAUCACACAAAAUUUCCCCUAG